UUCACCUCCUCCUGUCUUGGUUCUUGACCUCAAGCUUCCUUCACUGUCCUUGAUCUUCAAUAUUCCUCUAUAUAUAAACAUGCAGGAGCACCGCAAAGCUACGUUGAAACUGGAUAUACAUGAUGAGAAAACCAAGAAAAGGGCUAUGAAGACAGUCUCUGGUUUCUCAAGGGUGGAUUCAAUAUCCAUGGACCGGAAGGACAACAAAUUGACAGUAACAGGCGACAUCGAUCCAGUAAACAUAGUGAACAAAUUGAGAAAGUUUUGUCACGUAGAGAUAGUUUCUGUAGGAGACGCAAAAGAGCCUGAAAAGAAAAAAGAAGAGCCAGAGAAACCAGAAGAUGAGAAGAAAGAUGAAGAUCAAUACGUGUAUGAGUUGGCGAGGGCUCACAGGUCCUAUUAUCCUCACGCGACCAUGUAUUACCAUGUUUCAAGUGUUGAGGAUGUUGUGACUUAAGAUAUCAUUGAUUUCUUGGCCAUAUUUUUGGACUAGAUGCUGAUAAUGAAUCUAGAACCUAGAGUGGACUGUUUCCCUUCGAAAAUAACAGGCCUGACCCUUGAGAUUCUAUUAAUUACAUGGUAUGCCAAGCACACAAGAACUCCAAGGUUACUGCAGGGACGGCGGCUAGAAUUUUACGAGUGGGGUAUCGGAUUUGAAAAUAAAAUAAAUAAAGGAAUACAGGACAUAAUAUUGGGGUGAAAAAUAUGGAAUUUCUAUCAAAUAAUCCGUAAUUCGAAUGGCUGAAUUAGAAAUGCUUAAACAAAAUGCAAAAUCUUGCAAGGUUUUGAGGACGCCAUGUCCAUCGGAGCUCUUCCUGUCUUCUGCAAGGAUAGACACAAACCCCUCCUGUGUUAGUGUGAUUCUAUUUAUAAGGCCGAUCCUGUGCUGCUAAAUUACAAGCUUAGAUAGUAAUAUACGAGUCUUGCAUUGUUGACUGGACUUGUCCUUACGCGUGACUGAAAGGAACAGAACACCAGUAGAUCUAUCAUCUUGACCAUAAAGAUUUGGAAAUCAAGAUGAUGUCCUUACGCUGGCUAGAGUUGUUUCUACGAAAGCGGAGUCGUGGCUUCUAUUUUAGAGACAAAUCUCCAGAGGGACCGGGUUGAUAACCAUGGGAGAGAUUAGAAAACAAGCAUUGUUGACUGG